UUGCUCUAAGUGCGGAAUUCAAAAUAUUAUCUCUCGGAAAUUCUUCACAAACUUCACCUUGGAUCUGUUCGUUUUGUAUUCGAGCACAAUUGAACUCCGACAAGUAUAGCGUAGUAAAUAAGAGAUGUAUUAUUCAAGUCACUCUCUCCUGUAAAUGUUCCAACGUACGGAAUUCCUACGACAGAAUAUCCAGCAGUACUAUUAUAUAAGCAGUCUAACACGAGGAUUCCGAUCUUUACUGAGAUGUACGAGCGAAUGCUCGGAGAAACUAAGCGAGAAUGAGAAGAUACUAGUCGGAGAAGCUUUUAAAAACCUUUGGAAAAUUUCUAUUGUCGACAAGGAUUCAAAAGAAAGGGAAAAAGGUGGAGCUUAGGGAUUCUCCGAGAAUACACUUUCAAGACAGUUCGUGAUUCGAAAAUACAAAUGGUCCUUCACCUCAUUUGUCAAAAAAACUCGUCGAAACUCACAACAAAAGAUCCAAGAUAUCCAAAUUCGAGUGAACGAAGUCGUAGCAACGAAGCAGACUCGGUGAAGUUCACACCGCCGUUGGAUGAAUGGGUAAAAUGGAGAAAUACGAGAAUAUCGAGGUGGUGGGCGAGGGAAGUUACGGCAUCGUGAUGAAGUGCAGGCACCGCGAAACCGGACAAAUAGUGGCGAUAAAGAAGUUCUGGGAGACGGAGGAGGAUCUGCAGGUGCGGAAAUUGGCGUUUCGCGAGAUAAGGAUGCUGAAGAAAUUACGUCACGAGAAUUUGGUGAGCAUGAUCGAGGUUUUCCGCCGUAGGAAACGGCUCUAUCUUGUCUUCGAGUACCUGGACCACACCGUGCUUGACGAAUUGGAGCAGACCGGCGGUGGCCUCGACUGGGGAAAGUCGAGAAAGUAUAUUUUUCAAAUACUGCGAGGCUUGGAAUUCUGUCACAAUCACAAGAUCAUGCAUCGCGACAUCAAGCCUGAAAACGUGCUGGUAUCGCCGAACGGUGUCAUCAAGCUCUGCGACUUCGGUUUUGCCCGUUACGUCACAGGGCCCAAUGAGUCCUGCACCGAUUACGUAGCGACGCGGUGGUAUCGAGCUCCUGAACUCCUUGUCGGCGACUCCAGAUAUGGCAGAGCAAUCGACGUUUGGGCGGCGGGUUGUCUUUACGCCGAGAUGAUGACCGGCCAGCCGCUCUUCCCCGGCGAGAGCGACGUCGAUCAACUGUACCGCAUCACAAAGGUGUUUGGUCCGGUCUUCGGCAAGCAUCACUCGUCGCUGAAAGGUAACAGCAGCGGUCGUGCACUUCGGCACACAAAUCCGGACGAGCUCGCGGGUGCACCGCGAUCCGGAAUGGCGUCUCUGCGAAGCCUCUUUCCCACGUGGAGCUCGGUGACGGUCGACUUCCUAGCGCAAUGCCUGCGCGCGAAUCCCGAGCUUAGGCCCAAGUGCAUUAUGUUGCUGCAGCACCCGUUGUUCUCACAGGAUGGCUUCGUCGACAAGUUCCUUGACGAGCUGCAACGGUUAAUCGCGAAAGAGUCCGCGGCGAAUCCCCUUGUAACCAAAAGAACGGCAGCGUCCUCCAGGAUCUACCGUAGCAGCAUCGGAAGGUGGCAGAUGACGCUGAUCAAAGAGAAGAGGUCGACGAACAACAACGUGGAGACAGAGGCUGAGAACGAGGAGCCGCAAGGAGAUCGAGUCGAUCGGCCGUCACCGCCGCAAAUCAAUCGGCCGCGCGACACGCAUUACUGCGGACCGGUCUCCGUGAUACCAAACACUACGUACAUUCGACGUCUGGAGCAUAAAGGGCUCUUGAUUCCCAACGUGAAGGGUUGCAUCCUGCCAGCUCUAACGUUAAAGACGAACGCCAAGAGGAAAAGGCUCGAUCUCCCCAGUGUGAAAAAUCGUUGAGUAAGAUCUAUCGAAUAUACGAUUUUCUUUUUUCUGUUUUCUUCUUUUCUCGUAAUAUUAAUGUGAAAGAAAGAGUGAAAAGUUUGUACAGAGGAACGUCGUUGUACGUGGCACGUUUCUCUCUCCCUCAAUAAAGAGUGUAUAUAUUCUAUAUGUGUGUGUGUGUGUGUGUGUGUGUGUGUGUGUGUGUGUAUGUAUUCUAUAAGUAAAUCGGUAUAUAAAACGUCGAUGAUGUGCGAAGAUGUUUAAGAUGCGAUUCGUUUCCACUGUAAAAAAGAAUGAAUUUCGAGAAAAUUUAUCUUUAUUUUACACACCGGAUAUUGAAGCCACACAUAUAGAUGUGUGCUGUGAUUAAAUUAUUUCUGUAUGUUAUCCGUAGCAUCCUUAACUUUCGCGAGAAGGAAGAGUCGGAUAACGCGAGAAUAGUAAUCGCUGGUAUCGCGAGAACAAUAUGCAAAGAGAAUCGAGUAGUUUUGUUUUAUUUUUUUCCACUUCCUUUCUUUUUUCAGGGAGAGAAAUAACGACUCCAGUCAUCUGACAUAUUUAAGGGGUUUUUAUUUCGGAAUUGCAUCCAUCUUUGAAAUAUAUAAUUAAUAUCUCGCAACGAACGCGUUGACCCCGCAGCAAAUGCGACGGGAAGAAAGAAGGAAUCUUCGCCGGACGCGAAAAAAUCACCGACACAUAUUUCUGUCUUCGUUUUGUUCAUUUUUUUCUUUUUUUCUCGUCGGCUGACACCGUGUCGAAACUAAGAACUCGAGAAGAUGAGAGAACAUGGUUUUUUUACGGUUUCUUUUUUUUGUAUCACUUGUUUUCGACGUUUUUUCUCUGUCGGAAUAUUUGUCAAUAAAUUUCUCCCCAUAUCUUUCUCGCUCCCUUAUUCUCACACGCGCUCCCCAUCUCUUUUCUCUCAUAAGCUUAAAUUAUAUACAAUUAAAUAUUUUGCACAUAUCACGGUCUUUAGAAUCACUAACCUGAUUUACAUAUAUUUUUAAUCAAUUUAUUUUCUUUAUUUUAUUCUUCUUUUUUUCAAUCACAAAUCCCGCGGAAACUAAAGUUACGUCACAGUCGUAGAGCGCGACCAUCUAUUCGGAAAUUUUUUUUUCUUGCGGUGCCCAUUUUACUCUUGGCAUCGGCUUCCAAUAAUAUUACUCGUAGUACACCAUGACCGUGCUUCAUACAAAUGCCGACGUGCCUCUUAGUCACUCGAAUUUCCUAAUUUCAAGUUACUCCAAGAACUUAUGGCAUUACAAUUACGAAUUUAAGUUUCACUGUAAAUUAUCAUAUCAGUAAUCAUAUUAUUUCGAGAUUGUUACGCUAUAUUGUAUAAUUUUCAAUUGCACUUUAGAUUCAUAUUGCACGACGUAACAAACUUUUCUCGCACACACACACUCCUCUCUUCUCCAUAUCUUUCUUCCACUACUUGCCCCUCUCUCUCUCUCAUUCUUUCUCUCGUUUUCUCUCUCUCUCUUUCUUCUUCACGCAAACGUACACAUACACAUGCACACGCACUCGCGAACACUCGCACACAUAGUUUUCCAUCGGUUCUCAUCCGUCUCGUCCUUCAGAGUCGCCUCUGAAUAUCACGCAAAUUUUGCCGCUUCUCUCUGGAAACCGAUCAGCUUCGGAAACCGACCAGAUUCGCGGGCGCGCACGCGCUAGUCGCGUGUUUUGUUGUUAAUCGUGGACAGCUAUAUCGCGUAGGUUCCGGACGAUUACCCCGCGCAACAAACAAUUCGCUCGUUGGUCAGCGACCGAAGAAAAAUCGCGUAACGUUGCUUCGCGUUCGUGGAGGACCGUCAUAAGGCACUUUCACCUGCACUACAAAAUUGUAUUGUUAGAUGAACAUUUAUGCGUGUACGCUAAGAACGCUUGUGCGCUACUUUCGGUAUCAAUACUUCUUCCCUUCUCUUUCUUUUCCCCGCCUUUCCUUCUCACCUUUCCAUUUUUCGAAAGUCACUAUUAGUACUAUCCGCUAAAACGCAAAACGCACGACCCGACGCGAACAAGGACGCACCGAGACGAGAAUUCGCUAAAAGGCAUUUAAGUGCAAGGGCACUUGCUCGAAUUGAUCAUUUACUCGCGGAUGCACGUCAUUAUGUCUUCACUGUCAUUUCUCGCUCGUAAACAUACUCGUGAAAAAAAAAACUCGCGUUCUCGCUCUUCUCUUCUCGCUUUUCUUUUUCUUCUACGUCGUUCGAGCGCGAUUCGAUUUGCGACAAGGGUUAAUCGUCUGAAACACCCCAUAUAAUAACGUGCGCGUACGCGACCAAAUCGGGAUUUCCGAAGCCAGUCUCGGUAGAGUCCUCAAUCUCCCAAUCGUCAAAUCGUCCAAAAGUCUCCCCCGUCUUCGCCGCGAGCGAAGGCAAGUCGCAUCUUCUCGAAGCUCGAAACCACGAAAUCCCUUCCCUUCUCGUACCGGUCGCCGGAUUUCCCGCGGAAGUCAGUGCAAUAGAGUCAAAUUAUCGCGUCGUAUGUGUUUACCGCGUCGCACGCAUCGCAGAGCGGCGACCAUCGCACCUUCCAAGU